CUGCAGCUUGUCUCAGUCACCAGCAGACUGUCUUGUAUCUCUCACCUAUAGGAACGUUCAGGCCGCUAUAGAGACGCUCUCCUCGUUUCCAGUGUAUCUAUCCUGAGAGCGUCUAGUGUGUCCUCGAAGGUAUCCUGAGAGCGUCUAGUGUCACCUCGAAGCUAUCCUGAGCGUCCCUGGAGCUGGUGACUACAUCUUCCUUCAUCUCUACACCGGCCAUACAGCUCCUGCCUCAGACUCCCUCUCAGGAUGUCGCUGCCGAGUAAGAUGCGGUGCCUGGUGAAGCAGUCGGAGGCUGAGGGCUACGACCUGACCACCCGCCCCGUGCCCACCCCGGAGCCCGACCAGCUCAUCAUCAAGGUCCACAGAGUGUCCAUCUGCGGGUCGGACAUCAACCUGUGGAAAUGGAACGAUGUUGCUCAAGUCAUCGCCACCCUCCCCUUUAUCCCAGGACACGAGGCUACGGGGGAGGUGGUGGAGGUCGGGUCCGCCGUCACGACGGUGAGGAAAGGCGAGCGGGUCGCCGUAGAGAACCAUUACUACUGCGGCUCCUGCUACCAGUGCCAGGAGGGUCGUGGAGACAUCUGCCAGCGCAUGAGCCAGUACGGGCACGGACGGGGCACAGACCAGGGCGGCUGUUGCCAAUACUCGUGCGUGCCCGCCCGCUACUGCUACGUCCUCACCAGAGACCUCACCCCAGACCAAGCCGUCCUUCUAGAGCCGAUGGGUGUGGCGCAUAAUGCUGUAGAGAGCAUCAGUGUGGCAGGAGAGGACGUGCUGGUACUAGGCUGUGGACCCGUCGGUCUCCUGGUCGUCGCUGUCGCCAAGGCUCUAGGAGCUCGUGCUGUGUACGGGGUGGACGUGGCUCAGGACAGACUCGAUCUGGCCAUUAAGAUGGGAGCUACGACCGUCAUCAAUGGAUCCAAGGAAGACAUAACAGCAGUAGUGAUGCAAGUGAGUGGGAACAAUGGUGUGGGGCGCAUUGUGGAGGCUAGUGGUGCCGCCUCGCUCCUCAACCAGUCCUUUUCCUGGCUACGUAAGGGUGGACAAAUGGCGCUGAUUGGACUGCCCAAGGCGCCCCUCCAUGUUGAGAAUGUCCUCACCGACCUUGUCUUCAAAUCUCUCACUCUCAAGACCAUCCAUGGCCGAAGGAUCUUCCACACAUGGAAGGAGUGUGAACAGCUGCUGGCUGACAGUUUGGUUGAUGUGUCUCCCAUCAUCUCCCACCAGCUACCUAUGACACAGUUCCUCGAAGCCUUCAACUUACUUACGACAGGUGGGGCCUGCAAGAUUAUCCUCGACCCCCAGAACUGACUUCUAUGCCAUCUACAGGAAUGUGACUACUCUCUGCUAUUAUUUGUCCCUUGCAUGUAUUCACAUUCUUUCCACCCUCAUUAAUACAGCUUUGCUACUAUGAUACUCCAAUUUUUAACAAAGUGAAAAUUGGAAAUAUAAAAAUAUAAAUCACAAUUAAAAUGUACUUGAAAAACACAACCCUUAUUCAUAAUUUUCUCAUGCUGCUGCUUCACUUUAUUUGGUCUUAUACACAAAAUCAUUCUCGGGCAACUUUUUUCAAUCUACACAAUUUGAUUUUAUAACUUCUGCCAUUUCAAUAGUGGUACUUUCUUUUCUAUAUACUGUCUACAAACAUUCAUGUAAAAUCCUACUCUGAUGGGCUGUGAUAAUAUGGAUGGAGAACUAAGAUAACUUGUGCUAGGAGAACAUUAUGCAAUCUUGUGCACAUGCUGUAAUAAUUUAUUUAGGGAAAAUAUCUGACAAGUCAGCCAUGCUGCACAUUUAGUCUGCACUCAUUUCGUUUCACAUACAAUUUUGGAUCUGUUCCAACCCUUCAUUAAGGUUUGAUUCAGGAUUCACAAUCUAACAGUAAACGGAUCUGGCUACAAUUUGCCGAUGUGAGGAGGUUUAUCUGACAGUUCCGGCAUUGCAAUUAGACUACCUAUCUUAACAUUCACUGCAGCUUAACCGAGGUUUGCUCAACAGGAGUAGUGUAUAGUACAACAGUGGGUAACACACUCAUUUCAAGAAGACUUUAGUUGAAUACUGAGCAGAGUGGAUCAAUUGAACACCAUUUCUUCACUAUGCUCUUAGUGUACACCCAGCAGAAAUUAUGUAAAGCAAUUAGCAUAUUAUGAUCUGUGGGAAAUAGUAUAGUAUGGCUUUAGAAUGAGGUGGUUAGCAAAAAAAAUAUAUAUAUAUACCGUAUAUAUGUAGACAAUAAAAAAAAUAUUAUACAGUACUGAAUUAACAUAAUAUUAGUCCCUUGGGUUAAUUUAGCAGUCAAUGGUAAGGUAGAAGAAAUAAUUCUGCAUAAUAUUACAAAUUCCAUAUUUAUUUAAUUCAUUGGCAUUCAUUAAAAUCUUAUAAACAUUCCAGUUAUAAACAAUAUAUUUUCAUAAAUUUAUUCUCUUUACAAAGCUAGUUAAAUUAACUAAACCUCUGAACCUUGUAACUGAUGCAACACUAAUACUGUAGUGAUGAUUUAAAGCAAAUAAAACGAACUAGAGCAACACACUAUUCAUAAAAAAGAAAUCAUGUUUGAACAUUUUACAUGUGGAAGUAGGAGAGCAUUCUGAAAUACAAGCGCCUUAUAAGCCACCUCUAUUUGCACACCUCUACCGUUUAUGAGGACAAGUGACUUACUGUACCUGUAACUGUUCACUUACUGUACUCAUGAUUUACCAAUAAAUUGUCCAUUAAUUCACAACCAUCAUCAGCAUUUGUUCGUUUACUCAUGACUUAUCAGGUAGUGUUCACUUACUCAUAAUUGUCAUGAGUAACUGCUAACUUCCUGUAGUAUAAAGACUAUUCACUUUUAACACAAUUUACUAUGGAAUGUCAAAUAUGACCCUCAGUGAAAUUAUUAUAUUUAAAUUAUGUGCAAUAAAAACAGUAGCAUAGAUGGAGAGUAUUUGUCACAAACUUUCAGGACCUUAAUGCUAAAAUGAAAGAAAUAUCAGAAAUAAAGUUAGAGAAGCAUAUAAAACUGAAACCAUUGUAUAAUGGUAAAGUCAUGACCACAAAAUUUGUUCAAAGCUGGAUAAAAUGUUUAAGUGAACUAAUUUGUGCCACAAAGAAUAUAAAAGACAUGAAGAACAACAUUUUCUGUUUAUACACAAAUCAAGAUAGACAUUAACAUUUACUUUCUAGUUACAGUAUCUUAAAAUUGUGUCUAAACUAACCACUUUUAAGCAAUUUAUAAUUUUAAUAAGAUAAAUUAUGUAACAGAUAAAAAGUAAUUUAGACCAAAAUACCUGUAAAUGGCCUAAUUAGAUACUCGACAAAACAUG